CAGGAGCUGCAGCAGCAGGAGCUGCAGCAGCAGGAGCUGCAGCAGCAGGAGCUGCAGCAGCAGGCGCUGCAGCAGCAGGGGCUGCAGCAGCAGCAGGAGCUGCAGCAAGGCGCGUUGGGUUUUGAGUUGUGUUGA